CCCGGCGGUACCAGCACGGGAGCCGAGCUGGCGGAGAGGGCCGGUCCCGAUAAGGAUGCGGAGUGCAAGGAGGAACUGCUGAAAGGCUACAGCUCUGAGAGCUUGGAGCAGGGCAGCGCCCUUCCCGACGGGAAGGACAAGACGCCGGGCAGGCAGCGCCGUUUCACCGGCGACUCGGGCAUCGAGGUCUGCGUCUGCAACCGGGGCCACCACGACGGCGACCUCAAGGAGUUUAGCGGGCUCAUCGACGAUGCUCUGGAGGGGCCCCUGGACUUCUGCGACAGCUGCAGCGGCCGCCCCCACGGGGACGAGGAGGAAGGGCUUUUCAGUGCCGCCGAGGAGCAGCACCGCGAACACAGCCACCACCACCUGCCCCGGCAGCCGGUGUGCGUACUCUUGAACACAAUAAACGAGCAGGACUCUCCGAACUCGUGUACCAACAGCUCCCCCAGCUAAGGCGGCGGAGCGCAAGGGAGAAUCGGGGGAAGAAACAGUGAAAUAAAAGCAGAAUAAGAGGAUUAAAACUUUAACAGGAGGAAAAGGUGAUAGAACUUUUUUUAGUUUAUUUUUCUUUUCCCCCUCCGAUAUAAUUCGGGGACUAGUCCUCAAAGGCCCGGCUUGUGGGGGAGCGGGUCACUCUGGGUUUCAUUAAUCGCGUCCGUCCCGCUCUGCGGGGCAGGGACUGAUGUUUCUCUCAAUGAGACCUUCUAACAAAUGGAAUUUUCCCAAUGGUGAUUUUGGUGAUGGUUAUUAGGAGUUUGUUGGUUUUAGUUUUCUGAAGCACUGCUUUAUCUCGCAAUCAGUAAAGCUCAGCAGAUCUCACCCUGGGAGGAUACGAAAUCACCAUAAGGCUUCAACCUCCAGGUGUCUUCCCAGAAGCCAGCAGCUUCUGACAGUGCCGACAGUCAGUAGCCCAAGAGUUCUGGUUUGAUAUAGUGCUCUUGAGGCAUUGGGGAUUUCUUUUCAUUUUAGCCUUUUUUUUUU